AUGUCCCCGCGGGUGGAGGGCCUGAAAUGUGCCCUGUUGAUUUUGGAUCUUUUGGGUUCUUUGGGGGAGGAGUUGGAUUUGACUCUCCAGGCCCUGAGCUUCCUGGGACAGGUGCUGGAGGAGCUGAAGAUUGCGCGGGAGCCGGAAGCUCUGUGGACGGCACAGGGUUUGAGUCCGUUGGUUCUGAAGCGGGAGCGGUCUCUGGAGGCGAUUGAUGGGCCCAACCAUCAGUGUUGCCGGGAGUCGCAGUGGUAG